GCGUUGUCUGGGUACGCCGCCGCCCGGCAGUUCGCCGAGCCGCAGAGCAACGCCGCCGAGGAGCUGCUCGGCGCUGCACCUUCGCCGCCGCGGCCCCGGCGCGGGACCGGCGGCUGGUGAGAGCAGCUGCGCCGCGCGGGAAGAGCGCCAGUGUGCUCGACGUUGUGAGCAAGGCGGCGGCGGCGGGCGCGGAGAACGAGACGGCGGAGAAUGAGACGGUCCUCGCCAGGGCUGUAGUGCUGCUGCCUCGUCUGUCGGUUUCGAGUCUCGGGUGGGCCGCCGUGCCUCUCGGUGGCGGCCCGUGCCCACCGUGA